UUGAGCUUGAGGCUGAAACACAUAGACCACUCACUCUCUCUCUGCAGCUCUGACCUCACAGGGCACUAACAAGGCAGGACCUGGUUCCCUCUCCUCUACUACUGACACAAAAAGAUGCUUCCCUGCAAUGUUAUCACUUGGACAAGGGGGAAAAUCCUGCUUGCUAUGAUAAGCAUCCUGUGUGUCCUUGAUGCCACCGCGGAGAGUACUACAGUACUUCCACAAACUACACAAUCUCCUGUCGUAGUUUCUGUUAAAGAUGCUGUUUCAACACAGAGUCUAGCAGGAAAAAACUCUUCAGUAUUGCCUGAGCAGGGAAGUGACUUGAACCAAACAGAUGCUACCUCAAUGUUAACAGGACCCCCAGCCCAUGAUCUGACAGGAACAACAUCAUCAUCAUUAAUUGAAACAAUUGAACCAGAUAACAAAAAUGCUACUCAGUCACCAGUUCCUGAAGCAAUCUUCACAACUCUGUCUCCUCACAUGGGUAAUAGCAGUCAACCAGGUUUGCAGAGAAGUGAAAGCCCCACAUUUACAAAGCCUGAAACUACGACUCAAACUGUGCAAAUAACUGACAAUGCAACAACGCCACAGUCUACAAGUUUAGGGACGAACGUUUUAUCCGCACAGACAACAGCGGUACCUGGCAACAUUAUCUGCCUAGGCCUUGGAAGCAUCCCGUCAAAUUCACAAGUUGCUUGCUUUCAGUAUGAAGAAAAACCUACUUGUGAAAAUCUUGAUAAAGAAAAGAAAGAAGAAUUAAGGUCUUUUCUGUGUGAAAUACUGAAUACUACGCAGUGUAAUAUAACCAUUCACUCUUCAGAAGUGAAGCCAACGUGUAUCCUUUGGGUCCCAACCUCAAAAGAUGCAAAAGACAGAAUUAAAAAUGAAGAACAUAUAGCUAAUAGCCAGUUACACACCCAGAUAAUGUGGGGACAGAUUUCUGAUCAUCAGACAAGAUCACAGAAGACUAUGAUUGCCUUAGUCACUUGUGGUGUCUUGUUGGCUGCUUUUAUUCUAGCUGGAUACUUUCUCUCUAACAGAGAGAGCUGGAGUCCUGGAAGACAAAGACUGGGUGAAGACCCAUACUGUGCCGAAACGGAUAGCCAAGGAAACACUCUGGUGUCUGUAUCUGCCCAUGCUCAGGACAAACCAAACAAUGGGACCCGGGAAAAUGGAACUGGUCAAACAGUCCUCCCUGCUGCAACUAAUGGGCAUUCAACUAAGAAACAAACUUCUGACACUGAAUUAUAAGAUGGACACACGAAUACAUACAAUUUUGUUUGGUCAUCAAGGGAGAUACGGACUAUGCCAAUUGUUAUUUGAUUAUGGUAGCUAUGGGUUGCUAAAAACCUUUAUAACAAAAAAGUUUUCUUGAGGCAUCAUCUUUACCUAACUGAUUUUUUUUAAUCAUCAAACAUAUUAGUGUGUUUUAAUGAUACAAACAUCUAAAGACUCUACCUACAUAUGUGAAGAUUUAGGUGCAUUCAGAAAAGUAUAAAACAGGCAUAGAAAAGCAUUUGUAUUAUCUUUAUUCUUAACACUUAAACCCCUAAAAAAGUUUGUCCACCAUCUCACAGGAAGCAUAGCCUAUUUCAACCUGGUAACUAAUUCAUGAAGUUUUGAUCAUGUAUAAAGUUCUUUAACUUUUUCUGUAUUUAUGUACAUAUAAUGGGUAAUAUACACAUUGUAAGCUAUGCAUAUAUGCUUUCACAUUAUUAAUGAAAAAAAUAAGGAUACAUUCGAAAAAAUAUCAUAUUGAUGCAAUGUAUACAUCGUUUAGUAAAUACAAACCAUGACAUGUAUUUUUUUUUAUAAAGUACAAUUGAUAUAGAUGGUAUUUUGGCAUUUGACAAUUCUGCAAGAGUUCCUACUUGGACAACAUUAAAUGAACAAUGUUAAGUCACACUUUGGAUCAUAUAUGGUAAGGUUAAUAGUUGCACAUCUGUACAUAUAAAGUCUUCCCAUAUCAGAUGGUAUUUAAUAAGCACAUUCCAUUUGCACAAAGCCCAGAGCUAAGACUAGAACACUUAGACUUUUCACUUACCUACAGAAUUAGUUUAACAUUCGUGUUCUCUUCAGCCAUAUUUAUGUAUUCUUGUACAUUGAGUGUGAUUGAGUGACCAAACAAGUGUCUAUAUGAGCCCUGGCUUAAAAUCACAUUAAUAAGUCAUAUAAUUUGCAAGUACAUUUACAAAGUACAAUUAAUAAGGACAGCUCAAGGUCAAUUUACUUAUAACAGUGUAUUAUGUUCAAGAGCCAAUUUCUUAAAUGGUUUCAACCAGAAGACUGGUGCUUAUAGCUGGGGCUGAGCUGCUUAGCACACACAGUCCAUUGACAAGAAAGGCAGUGUUUCUGGAGAGAAAAAAAAAUAA